AUGGAUGAAGGAGCUGGAGUGAACCCUGCAACAAAGGAGAUCCAAGAUGACCCUCCUGGAGAACAAGGCCAGGAGAACGUCAAUGUUGGUGCUCUGCCAAUACCACCUCCUGACGUCGGUCUUCAACCGUGGCUCCAAGUCAUUGCCGGACACUUCCUCAUGUUCAACAGCUGGGGCCUAGUGGUCUCGUACGGUUCCUUCCAGACAUACUAUACCACCCAGAUAGCCCACAGCAAUAGCUAUCCACUGCAAAGUGCAUCCAAGAACGCCUCGGCCAUUUCCUGGAUCGGAUCCAUCCAAAACACCCUCUUGCUGGUCGGCGGAGCGCUGGGGGGCAAGUACUUUGACGCCGGAUACUUUCGCCAAAUGCUCGGCCUGGGCACAUUUCUCGUCGUCUUUGGGACGUUGAUGACGAGUUUUGUCAAGGAAUACUAUCAAGCCGUCCUGGCACAGGGCGUCUGUAUCGGCCUAGGCAUGGGCAUGCUGUUGAUCCCGAGCGUGGCGUUGCCAAGUACCUGGUUCCACAAACGCAGAGGGUUGGCCGUGGGCAUCGUGAGCUCUGGGGCGUCGUUGGGCGGCAUUGUUAUCCCCAUCGGAUUAAGGCACAGCAUUUCGGCCGUGGGGUUCGGUUGGGCGGUUCGCAUCCUUGCCCUGAUGUUCCUGGUCACCCUGCUGGUGAGCAACCUGCUGAUCCGCCAACGGCUUCCACCUCGACCGAGGAAAGGGGCGCGGUUCAUCGAGUACCAGGCGCUGCGGGAACAAAGAGAGUUCGCUCUCUGGGUCACAGGCCAGUUCAUCACGUACUUUGGGUUCUUUGGCUACUACAAUUAUGUCGAAGCCUGGGCCGAGUCGAUCGGCCUCGACCACCAGUCAGGUUUCCCGCUCGAGUACUUGCUGCCGGUGCUGAAUGCUGCGAGCAUCCUGGGCCGUCUGAUCCCGUGCUUCCUUGCGGAUUACACCGGUCCCGUCAACAUACAGGGCCCCUCGCUCUUGGUUGCUGCCCUGCUCGUCUUCGUCUGGAUCCCGUGCCGGACAAUUGGGGGCCUGCUCACCAUCACCGUUCUGUACGGGUUUUUCUCUGGCGCAGUCAUCGCCACGCCUCCUGCGAUCGUGGCCAGCAUGACUGAAGACCUGCGCCAUUUUGGGGGGAGGAUGGGUGUCUUGUUUUUGACCAUGGCUUGCUCGUCGCUUGUGGGGCCACCUGUCAUGGGUGCUAUCAUCGAAAUGCAUGGCGGGUCAUAUGAUGCCGGCAAAGUGUACGCGGGGACUAUGAUCAUGGGAGGAGCGGUGUUUACAUUGCUGUCGAGGGUGUCGAAAGCUGGGUUCAGAGUAACCGUCAAAGUCUGA